AUGUCCUGGGGCAUCAAUGAUGGUGAUGUAGUACUUAGCAGUCUCGAACUUCCAGAGAGCGAUAUCGAUGGUGAUACCACGUUCACGCUCGGCCUUCAGCUUGUCGAGGACCCAAGCGUACUUGAAAGAUCCCUUACCCAUCUGGAAAAAAUGGAUAUUACACUACGUAUUGGAAAAAUUAUUUCAUACCUCCUGAGCCUCCUUCUCGAAUUUCUCGAUGGUUCUCUUGUCGAUUCCUCCGCACUUGUAGAUCAAGUGUCCGGUGGUAGUGGACUUUCCGGAGUCGACGUGUCCAAUGACGACGAUGUUGAUAUGAACCUUUUCUUUUCCCAUGGCUGCUACGGAGUGAGCAAAGUGUUUCCCAACUGA